UCUUUACAGGUUUCAUUUUCCUUCACCAAUACUUCAAGGCACAGAGGAGCUGGUAAAGGCAUUGCCAUGAAACCUAACUUGAAGCAGUGGAAACAACUCAUGCUCUUUGGUAUCUUUGCAUGGGGCCUGCUUUUCUUGGUGAUAUUCAUCUAUUUUACAGAUAGCAACACUGCUGAACCAGUUCCAAGUUCCUUUUCUUACAUUGAAACUAAGAGACUUCUGCCCCUUCAGGGCAAGCAGAGAGUCAUCAUGGGAGCCAUUCAUGACCCAUCAUUCUCUGAAACCAUUGAUGGGAAUGAGGUGCUUCUUAAUGAAGAUCUCCUAGGUACUUUUAAGUCAGGGACUGGAAAUUCUAAGAAAUGGACUGUAUUGGAAGAGGCCUUUAGAAAUGAAGAUGAGUUUUUUCCACCCCAGUUAGGAAGAAAAUCAAAAAGUGCUUUCUACCAAGUGAAUGAUGAUUAUUUAUUUGCUGCUGGUCAGCCUCAGUCACACAACCACCUUCAAGAGAUAGAAAAAUUCAUUUCGGCUGAUGUGAAUAAUCCAAAAGGAAAUAUGUUACAGAACAGCUGGAGCCAUCAGAGAAGAAUGAGGAGAAGGAGCACAAAGCAUAGGAGAGGCCAGAUGCUGGAUGAAUCUGAUGACUGGGAUGAGCUGUAUUCCACAAUGUCGAAAUCCUUUCUUUACAAGCUUUGGAAAGGGGAUGUCUCUUCCAAGAUGCUAAACCCUCGACUGCAGAAGGCGAUGAAAGAUUAUUUGAGUACCAAUAAGCAUGGGGUGCGGUUCAAGGGGAAACGAAACUCCAAGUUGACAGGAGACCAGCUAUUCUGCGAGCUAAAAGAAAGAGUGAAUGUGAAAACAAUAGAUGGCAAGGAGGCUCCCUUCUCCACUCUUGGAUGGGAAAAGCACGUUCCCCAAAUUCCACUGGGUAAAUUAUAUACACAUGGCUUUGGGAGCUGUGCCGUAGUUAUGUCUGCUGGUGCAAUACUGAACUCCUCUUUAGGGGAUGAAAUAGAUGCUCAUGAUGCCGUUUUAAGAUUUAAUUCUGCUCCUACUCGUGGCUAUGAAAAAGAUGUUGGAAAUAAAACAACCAUGCGGAUCAUUAAUUCUCAGAUUCUCACCAAUCCAAACCAUCACUUUGUUGACAGCUCCUUGUAUAAAGAUGUUAUCUUAGUAGCCUGGGAUCCUGCUCCCUACUCUGCAAAUCUCAAUGUGUGGUAUAAGAAGCCAGACUACAAUCUGUUCACUCCCUACGUACAGCAUCGCAGGAAGAAUCCAACCCAGCCAUUCUACAUCCUCCAUCCAAAGUUUAUAUGGCAGCUCUGGGACAUCAUUCAGGAGAAUACUAAAGAGAAGAUACAGCCCAACCCUCCUUCUUCAGGGUUUAUUGGUAUCCUCAUCAUGAUGUCCAUGUGUAACGAAGUGCACGUGUACGAGUACAUCCCUUCAGUGCGACAGACCGACCUGUGUCACUACCAUGAACUCUACUACGAUGCAGCUUGCACCUUAGGGGCCUACCAUCCACUGCUCUACGAGAAGCUCCUGGUGCAGAGGAUGAACAAAGGUUUGCAGGAUGAUCUGUAUCGGAAGGGGAAAGUCAUUUUGCCAGGGUUCAAAGCUGUCAAGUGCCCCAAACGAAAUAAUUUCCCACACUUGUAGAAGUAAGUCUUUCAGAAACAAUGUGCAAUAAGGUACUACUGUCGUACUAUAAACAAGAAGAGAAUACUUGAAAAAAAUAUAUCUUAGACCAAUCUAGUCUUGAGUCUAUAAAUUGUAAUUAAGUAGCAGGCAUGAGAAGUACUUCUUUUUCUGAGCCCUGAGUAUUUAUUACUGCUUUGCAAAUAGUUACAGAAUAAAAGCAAAGGCUUAGCUCAUGAAGGUGCAAAGGACAUACUUAGGCAGAAAUAUAAUGUAUUGUUGUUGGUGUGGCUGUCAGAAUUUGUCGGUGGUCUCAUGCCACAUUUGCUAGACUGUAAUUUUUUUUUUUUUUUUUUAAAUGAAUUUAUUUAAUUGUCAAUCCUAGCAUUGUCAAACAGCCUCUAUUGUUCAUGUAUAUACAGAGCGGCCAGUUGAACAAUGCAGCAUUUCCCGUGGCUCCAUGGGAUUUUCACACUCUCCCAGAAUGAAGUAAUUGCUACUCCAAGCUGUGCAGUCAUUCACUAGAGCAGGCUUUAAUGCCUGUUCCUACACAGGCUCAGUUCCAGGCUUCCAGCUGAACAGGGACUUAGGGUGGCCCUGAAGUGCGUGCAGCUGGAGAUGGCUGUGCACAGCUAAACCAGUUAAACUACUGGAUGUAUUUUUGGAUGCCAGUCUCCCAUGCUCACACUGACUGAAGAGGGAAGAGAGAAAUGUCACAUUUUUUUAGAGAAAAAAAAACAACAUAUUUGUAAUUCUUCCCAAUUAGGAAGAAAAGCUCUCUCUGUCUUAUCUCCCUGACUAUCAGGAAGGUGUGAGAUGGAAAUGCUGCCUUCCUCCAGACUGCACAGACACAAAAGAUCCAGAGAAAGCCAAGGCAGGCUGUGCAGCAUUCACCCAUCACACUGAAAGCAAGCAUACAGGGGCCUCACCUCUUGUCAACAAAGAUAACAUUCAGGAAUACAGACAUUAUAUUUGUUAGGUAUUUCAUAGGUAUCUGAAUCAAAGUCACUCGUUCACAAGUUCUUGCUCUUCGGAAAGGAGAUGUUUUCUGACAAAAGAAGAUGUUAUCGACAUUUUUUACUUAAUGUUUGAAAGACUAUAACCCAGAAAAGCUGUAAUGCCUGCAAAAAAAAAUUUACUACGGAUUGCAUGUGGAGGUGGUUUGAUAUUUUCAUUCAUAACACACAAGAACAAUAUUCUUUAAGGCAAUUCUAAAAGUUAAUGGUCUGGAGUGGUUUUCUCAGUGGUUUGGUUUGGUUUUUUGCCACCUGACUGUACAAUUUCUUUUAGAGUAAGUUCAGCAGGAAUAUGUGUGCACAGAAGCACAGCUAUAUCCUACUCAUGUCCAUCCAGUAAAAAAGCAGACAGCUCAAAGGGGCAUUGAAAAGAAUAGCUGAAUGGUUGUGGUGGAAAGUAUUUUUUGUGUUUUGACUUAAGCAAAAAGCCUUUUGCCAGAAAGGCAAAAAAAAAAAGAAAACAAUAUUAAUGACUACUUCACCUGCAAUUGUAAUGUUAAGUAUAAUCAUAAAAUCCUUUUUCUCUCACUCAGCUCUUUGGGAAGCAGUAUUGGAAGAAUCUUUUGGAAGGAUUAUUUUCCUUCCUCAAAAUGAAGAAUACAUGUCUUACAUAGGACAUAGCCUUCUUUUUGGGCUUUGUGAUGAUCUUGUUGACAGAAAUUAUGUGUAGAUGAUCUAAUAACUCUACUUCUGUGUUGUAUGGAUAAUUAUGUCCAUAAGGCAUUUUGGUACAUAUCAAAAUUAAUAGGUUUUAUUCAUACUAGCCUUGGACUCUGGAUAUAGUACAUACCAAUUUCUUUUUAAUGUUAUGUGUGGUGGCAACUUUAUUCUUGAAGUUAAUAACAUUGCUAUUUAAAUGCAUGGAGGAUAGAUAGCCUACACAGCACUUAUCUAUUUUUCCAUAUGUUUGGUACCCUGUUUGCAAACAUAAGCAGUCUAAACAGUGCAAUCAAAUAUGUCUCUCUCUGCUGUACCCUGGGUUAGCUAUGACAUAACUGUAAAGGAACAGAGUUUAGCUUCCUAAGACUAGCAAAUGUGUUACUUUUCAAGAAGCAGGAACUUCUAGAGUUCCAAAAAGGGAAAAAAAAAACCAAAAAACAAACCAACUUUGACUGGCCUGGCCUGCAACCACUAACUUUUAACUUUGAUUUUCACAAA